AUGAGCGGCUACAAAGCUCAAGAUGCUGAGGCCAAUCGAGAGUUCGACAUGCGUCUUAAGUACUUGAAUGAAUCGGCUAGGAAACAGAACUCGUGGAAACAGCACGAGCCUGCCCUACCCGUCGAUGACAUCCUGCCCGACAACCAGCUACAGGAGGCGCGCGCCUGGACCCACAAGCUUCGCCACGGCGAGAGCACCAGCAAGAGUCCCAAGCCCACUGACGCCGUCCUCUCGCCCACGCAGACAAACAAACCCAUAGUGGUCGAGACCAGCAGCAAAAAGCACCGAUUCUCGCUGCGACGCCUCUUCAAGCACGAAUACCUUCAUGGACAGGGAAGAAAUCCUGCCUUCGUGCCGCCUGUGCCCAAUCCUACGGACUUCCUUACUCGCGAGCGCCACGGCGGCGUAACAGUCAGCGGCAAACGCGUGCCCUUCACACGUGACGCUCACAAGCGCAGGAAAAAGACAUCGAAGCCCCUUCCACGCAUCAAUGAGGACCGCGCGCUCGUGCCGGUGAGCUCAUCUGUGGAGGCCUACCGUCGCCGGGCCUACUACCCGGCCAAGAACGAAAAAUUCAAGAAAUGAGGGCUGCGCCGCCCCAUCGUCAUAGCGGCGUGUCGCUCAUCAUGUUUCUGCCAGCUCAAUAAGUGUUGUUUGCAGCUAAGCAGCAGCCGAGCCGCCCUGAGACACAACACGAUGCCUCGCGCGAGCGGAGCGACAACCUGACCGCGUUUCAUCGUAGCCCGUCAUUUUUGCCCAUGAAUUAGAAUUGCGCUAUUUAUUGGUGUGGAAUUACCAAAACUUAAAUAAAAAACAUCACAUUAUCCUU